AUGGACCCGACACCAACUACCAUCCCAACGCCGGCUCACUGCGUCGCCGACUUCUGUCUGAUUCCGAUCGGCACGGGCUCGCCCUCAGUCUCAGCCCAGAUCGCCGACGUCCAGCGGUUGAUCGAAACAUGCGGCUUGAAGUAUGUCAUGCAUUCCGCAGGCACAACCAUCGAGGGACCCUGGGAUCGGGUUCAUCAGGUUAUCGGGCAGGCGCAUACUAUCCUUCAUCAGCAGGGGAUUGUUCGGAUUCAGACUGAUAUUCGUGUUGGAUCGAGAACCGAUAAGACGCAGUCCUUUGAGGAUAAGGUUAGCAAGGUGCGAGAGCUGCUAGCCAAGGACUAG